CACCACCCUCUCUCCUGGCCUCCCGUGCGAACGAACACAUGCUUUUCGUUGUGUGCUAUGGAUAUAGAUCAUCUUUUACUCCAGCCUCAAUUUCCAUCUACUUACCCCUAAGAAAUCACUUAACCACAGAGAUACUUCACCUAGAUCUUCUCUCUUAUUUUCCCCUCUCGCAGCACACACAAACCAACCGUCCAUCUUUUGUUCACACUCUUCCACUCAUCUCUUAAUCAGCAAGACCGUGUAUAUAUAUAAGCGCACGUCCUUGUAGCAGAUAAUACCCGGUGUGUUUAUAUUUCACAAACGAUAUAUGUGUACCACGAUGCAGCGCUACGGCCGGUGCAGUAGCAGCAGGAUGCUAAUGAGGCUGCUGCUGGUGGCGGCGCUCGCCGUGGCGGCCUCGGCUGCGACGGAGGAGCUGCGGGCGACGUACAUAGUCCACAUGGCCAAGUCGGCGAUGCCGGCGGGGUACACGGAGCACGGCGAGUGGUACGGCGCGUCCCUCCGCUCCGUGUCCGGCGCCAAGAUGAUAUAUACCUACGACACGCUCCUGCACGGGUUCUCGGCGCGGCUGACGGAGCGUGAGGCUGGGGACAUGGCGGCCAUGGACGGCGUCCUGGCGGUGAACCCCGAGACGCGGUACCAGCUGCACACGACGCGGACGCCCGAGUUCCUGGGCCUCGCCGGCAACGAAGGCCUGUUCCCGCAGUCCGGCACGAAAGGGGACGUGGUCGUGGGCGUGCUGGACACGGGCGUCUGGCCCGAGAGCAAGAGCUACGACGACGCGGGCCUCGGCGAGGUGCCGUCGUCGUGGAAGGGCGCGUGCACGGGCUUCAACUCCUCUUCCUGCAACCGGAAGCUCAUCGGGGCGCGCUUCUUCAACCGGGGCUACGAGGCGGCCAUGGGCCCCAUGGACUCCAGCAGGGAGUCGCGUUCCCCGCGCGACGACGACGGCCACGGCACGCACACGUCGUCCACGGCCGCGGGCGCACCCGUGGCGGGUGCGAACCUCUUCGGGUUCGCGUCCGGCACGGCGCGCGGGAUGGCGCCCAGGGCGCGCGUGGCCGUGUACAAGGUGUGCUGGCUCGGCGGCUGCUUCAGCUCCGACAUCCUGGCCGGGAUGGAGGCCGCCGUGGCCGACGGCUGCGGCGUGCUCUCCCUCUCGCUCGGCGGCGGCUCCGCGGACUACUCCCGCGACAGCGUGGCCAUCGGCGCGUUCGCGGCCAUGGAGCGGGACGUGCUGGUGUCCUGCUCCGCGGGGAAUGCCGGGCCCGGGAGCGCCACGCUCUCCAACGUGGCGCCGUGGAUCACCACCGUGGGCGCCGGCACGCUCGACCGGGACUUCCCCGCGUACGUCGUCCUGGGCAACGGCAAGAACUACACGGGCGUGUCGCUCUACGCCGGGAAGCCGCUGCCGAGCACCCCGAUCCCCAUCGUCUACGCGGCCAACGCCUCCAACUCCACCAGCGGGAACCUCUGCAUGCCCGGGACGCUCUUGCCGGAGAAGGUGUCCGGCAAGAUCGUGGUGUGCGACCGCGGCAUCAGCGCGCGCGUCCAGAAGGGCUUCGUGGUGCGCGACGCCGGCGGGGCGGGCAUGGUGCUGGCCAACACGGCCGCCAACGGCCAGGAGCUCGUGGCCGAUGCACAUCUCCUCCCUGCGGCCGGCGUUGGCGAAAAAGAAGGCAGCGCCAUAAAGUCUUAUGUAGCGUCCGACCCCAAGCCCACGGCGACCAUCGUGGUCGCCGGGACACAGGUGGACGUGCACCCGUCCCCCUUGGUGGCCGCGUUCUCGUCGCGCGGGCCGAACACGGUGACGCCCGAGAUCCUCAAGCCGGACGUCAUCGCGCCCGGGGUCAACAUCCUUGCGGCGUGGACGGGCAAGGCCGGCCCCACGGGGCUCGCGGCCGACACCCGGCGCGUGGAGUUCAACAUCAUCUCCGGCACGUCCAUGUCGUGCCCGCACGUGAGCGGGCUCGCGGCGCUGCUCAGGGGCGCGCGCCCGGAGUGGAGCCCCGCGGCCGUGCGCUCGGCGCUCAUGAGCACCGCCUACUCGACGUACAGCGGCCAUGGAGCGCCCAUCCUGGACGCGGCGACGGGCGCGGCAGCCACGCCGUUCGACUACGGCGCCGGCCACGUGGACCCGACGCGGGCCGUGGAGCCCGGCCUCGUGUACGACCUCGGCGCCAGGGACUACGUGGACUUCCUCUGCGCGCUCAAGUACACGCCCGCCAUGAUCGCCGCCCUGGCGCGAGGCAAGAGCUACGCUUGCGCCGAGAACAAGACGUACUCAGUCUCGAGCCUCAACUACCCGUCCUUCUCCGUGGUCUACUCCACGGCCAACAGCGACGCGGCGGGCUCUGCUGCGGCCACCACCGUGACGCACACGCGCACGGUCACCAACGUCGGCGCCGCGGGCACGUACAAGGUGGACACUCCAGUCUCCGUUCCCGGCGUGACCGUAGACGUCAAGCCGACGGAGCUGGCGUUCUCUGUGGCCGGCGAGAAGAAGAGCUACACGGUGAGCUUCACCGCGGCCAAGUCGCAACCGUCGGGCACCGCCGCCUUCGGCCGGCUUGUCUGGUCCGACGGUAAGCACACCGUCGCCAGUCCUAUUGCGGUUACGUGGACGUGAAUACACAAGUUACAUGAUACCAUAGGUGGAUUUCUGAAUGGUGGGAUUUAUUCAACGGGUUGCCGUGUAAAAAAAAUUGGGUGGACACGAGGAAUGGGUAACAUUUGGUGGCAUCUUAAAGUGUUAAUAAGAUCGGUCUUAACUUUUAGAUGGGAUUUGGGGGAGAAAUGGUGAUGAUGGAAAGGGAUUUGUGUGAUGGUUGGGGGGAUGUUGCUUUCUUGAUUAUCUGUCUUGGCUAGCUUGGAUUGGGUCCUGGGUUGAAUCAGGAUUGAUUGCAGCUCUCCAAGGACAGUUCUAUUGCAGCCGGAUGGAAAUUGUGUGGGCUAUCGGCAAUGCUCCCUGCAGAUGUUCAUUACUAGCAUUUCUUUACUUUUGCAUUACUUUGGGUUUUUGGUCAGUGAAUGAUUUAUGUUAUUUUGUAAGAAAAUGGUUGAAUGAAUAAUACAAAGCCUGCACCGAUUUGAUUGCGCCAA